AUGGGACAGUCUUCCUCGACUCCUUCCAGUAAUGAAGAAAAAUCUUCCAGUUCAAGGAAAUUCACUAAUAAUAGGGAUGUUUUAGCGUAUUUCAACAAUAAAGCACAGAAACAAGUUACUCUACCCGAGUUGGUUAGCUUGAAGGGAAAUCUGCAAAUUGAAGACAUGAAUACGCCAAUUUCCGACAAGUCCUUAUGUAGCGUACUUCAUUUUCCACAGACACAUACUCUACUCGUGGGAAUAGUGACUAAUAUGUUAAGAGUUCUGAGUAAUUUCCCACUAAUGAACUCAUCUUAUGAACCAAUUACAGGGUACGGGCUACUGAAAUGUGUUUUGUUAUUAAACAACACACGAUGCGGGAAGUACCUAAAAUUCAAAUCAUACGAUCAACUAAAAUUACUAUUCAUAUCGUUAUCACUUCAAAAAACUGACAAAGAAGAAAUACCUGAAGAAAAUGAGGACACUGUAAAAAAGGAGAGAAACAUAAAGCAAAUUAUAACAAACUUCGAUGAUGUCGACCCUGAAGUACUGUAUAUUCCCGCUGACUUUAUGCUUCAAUUCUUGAGUUGGCUUUUAAUCCUGAGUACCGAAUGUCCUACUAGCAAUUCUAAGAUGGGUAAUGAUAAAAUCAAUGACCAGUGGGAUAGUUUCAAAAUUUCAGCAAUGAAUCUUCUUAGAACAAUGAAUCCAGAUGUGGUGAACAAUACGGAAUCACAUCUCAUAACAUUUGAUCAAUUCUCAACUUCAAUUAAAACUGUAAUGCCAAAUCUAUUAAAGCCUUUAGAAAAUUUAAUGGAACACUUUUUUUAUUUGGACAAUGAUCUAGUGAAUUAUGACACCAACUUGUCGAAUAUCCAAGAUUCUAGAAUAAUGACACCAGCAUUGCUAGCACAGCUAUCCACGGGACUACCAAAGGAAUUGUUCAUUCAGAAGUUACAAAGUUUAUAUAUUGGGAGAAAAAGUGGGUUCUCAAUGAGGUCAUUGCAAGCUAAAGUUUUUAAAUGGAUGGCUCCUUCAAUUUUGAUUGUCAGCGGAACGAGAAUUACGAAUUCUGAUGAAUAUGCAGCUCAGAAAAAUCCAAGGUAUCGUCAUUUUCUUGAAGAAUUUCCUAAAUUAAAGGAUUCAGACCAAAAAAUGGAUGCAUCGCACAUAAAUAAGAAGAAGACCACUUUUGCCGUAUAUAUAGACGAUCCAUGGAAAGUGACAAACAAAGACUAUUUUGGUGAUCUGAACACAAGAAUAAUCCAAAUAUCGCCAGUGCAAGAUAUCUAUAAAGUAAACCGAAAGGGCACAAUUUAUUUCAAUACAAUUGGUGGUGGAAUUGGAAUCGGAGAUAAGCAACCAUUAAUAAAGCCCGCAUCUAAAAGAUUUGUACCAGGAAACGUGUYAUUAACUUUCGAUAGCACCUUAGAGUUCGCUGUUUUUAGGCACACCGGCUACGGAGGAUCAUUGGAGCCUGGAUCUUUAUCGGUAGAAAGAAAAGAAGAGGACUCAUUUUUUGAAUUACACUUCUUGAUUCAAGAUGUCGAGGUAUGGGGAUGUGGUGGCGAAAAGGAGUUAGAGGAACAGAUGAAACAAAUGGCAUGGGAAGAAGCUGAGUCUAAGAGGAGACAACAAAUUAAUUUGAGAAGCUUAGGAGAAGACCGUGCCUUGCUGGAAAUGGCAGGUUUAGUGGGACAAAACAGAGGCGGUGGUUCUAUGUGA